CCACCGCCAGCCGAGUGAUUUGUUGUGGAGAUAAAAUUGUGAAACAGUUGGUAACUCUAUUAUCCGUCUCCGGGAUUAUCUGCUGCCAGGACUAAAUAACGCUGGGCCACCGUCAUGGGCAGAUUAGAUGUGUGAAAAGAAAGAGUGUCCCCGGGACAACAAAACAAGGGACAGUGGUGUUUUCGCGAAAUGCAGCAGAAGAGGGGAGAUUCCACACCAAAAAUGUCAACAUGCAGCAUCUGAAAAGAUGUCACACAUCUAAUGUGACACCGUGGACUGUCUGCAGUCAUCACCAAGAUACUUCUUCCAUGAGGACAACAAACAGCAUGUGUGUGAACAGAGGGACAAGCCGAAGAGAAGGACACCUAAGGCAGCACAGCAUUUAAGGGACAAGCCACCAGUGUCUGACUAUGUGAAUGGACAAGUUGUGAAGUCAGUACUGUGCCUGCUUCAUGACCUCUGCAGUGUUACUGUACUCAAGUAUGUAGAUCAAACAUACCUGUGCCACCAUCCAGUAUCUGUGUUUUGUAAGCAUAAAGGAUACACAGCCCAAGGCAAGGAGGUGAAUAGACUGUGAGGGUUUUGGUGGUUUGCAGGAUCAGCCCGUGAAGAUGCUCCAGACUGGGAACUACUCACUGGUGCUGCUGAUCCAGCUGACACUGUUGGCCUAUGACCUCUUCGUCAACUCCUUCAGUGAACUCCUGAGAGGAGCGCCUGUUAUCCAGCUAGUGCUGUUCAUCAUCCAGGACAUCGCCAUCUUGUUCAACCUGAUCAUCAUUCUGCUGAUGAUGUUCAACACCUACGUGUUCCAGGUGGGCCUGGUGUCCCUGCUGCUGGAGAAGUUCAGGGCUCUGCUGAUAUUCUCUGCUCUGUAUUUGACGCUCAGCAUCUGCUUCCACUGCUGGGUGCUGAACCUUAGAUGGCUCGAGUCAAACCGUUUUGUUUGGACAGAUGGUCUUCAAGCUCUUUUCGUUUUCCAGAGAACAGCGGCAGUGUUGUAUUACUACUUGUACAAACGGACAGCAGAGUAUAUGGGAGACCCGAGGCUGUAUGAGGACUCUCUGUGGCUGCGGGACGCCUUCGCCAGAGCUCGUCAGUGAAGAAGAGACAUUGCAGAGAGAGACAUUUUAAAGGCGCUGCAAUGAAAGGCUGCAACGAAAGCCCUUCUGACAUUAUAACACUGGGCAUCAUCAUCAGCUAUUCUGAAUUUUAUACUAUUUUCAUAUUAAAAAAACACUAAGGAUGAUGCUAAAUCUGAACCAGUGUGUUUACUGGCUCUUUGUAGCCAAGCGGGCAGUCGAUUAAAUGGUUUACAGUGGCAGGUAAGCCAACUUUAGUAGUAUUGUAUUAAUCAGGAUUGUGUCUGUUAAUCUAUGUGGCCUUCGUAAAUCAAACUGCAGACAGAAUGCAACACACUAAAAGACUGUCAAGGAAAGAAUGAUGCAGGUGGCAAUUUGUACCAUUUGUAGGACACAUAGUAACAGCUGGUUGGAUAAGUUCUGUUGUUCCUCCACAUAUGAGGGAAAACUGUUGGUUUAUUUUGCCUUAUGUAAGGUUAGCAUGUACUAUUUACAUGGUCAAUGUCAUUUCAAUAAGCCAAUUUCAUGUGAAACCAGUUGUCUUUGAGUGGGGAUCUUUGAAUCGUGUUCCUGCUGUUUUUAUUAAAUAAUCCUUCUCUAAUCCCAGUGUAAUCCUUCAUCACUAGGGUAGUCGGUGUUAUCCUGUAGACAAGGUGAAACAGACUGCUCUAUUUUUAAACACAAAGAUUAAUCGGGGA